AUGACUUCGCAAGAGAAGACAGAAGAGUGUCCUUUCGCUGAUAUAUUUAAUGAAGAUGAGACUGAAAGGAAGUUUUUAUUGUCCAAACCUGUUUGCUUUAUCAUUUUUGGAAAACCAGGAGUUGGGAAGACAACAUUAGCCCAGCAGAUAGCACAAACAUGGAAAUGUGUUCGUAUUGAAGCCUUAUCAAUUUUGGAAGAACACAUUGCUGCUGAAAAUGAGACAGGAAAUAUGCUACAGUCGAUGCUGCUCAACGGUCAAAGCAUUCCAGAUGAACUUGUCCUCAAGCUAAUCCUGGAAAAGAUCAACUCCGCAGAAGUCUCUCACUUUGGUUAUAUUAUCACUGAAAUCCCAACACUUUCACAGGAUGCCAUGACUACUUUGCAGCAAAUAGAAUUAAUUAAAAAUUUAAGGUUCAAGCCUGAUGUCAUAAUCAAUAUUAAGUGCCCUGACUAUGAUCUAUGCCAAAGAAUAUCUGGGCAGAGACAGCACAGUGGUACAGGGUAUGUGUACACUAGAGACCACUGGGAUCCUGCAGUUAUUGAGAGUCGCAGGAAAAAGAAGAAGGAAUUACACAAAGAAGGAAAAACAGAAGAUGAGGGCGAAGAGGAAGAGGAGCAAGAAGAAGAAGAGGCCUUUAUUGCUGAAAUGCAGAUGGUGGCUGAAAUUCUUCAACACCUAGUGCAGAGGCCAGAGGAUUAUUUGGAAAAUAUUGAGAACACUGUUCAACUCUAUAAGGAAAUGAUUCUUCAGCCUUUGGAAGAAGUCAUGGCUGAGCACAACCCGCAGUAUCUCAUUGAGCUUGAAGGAAACAAGCCCCCUGAGGAGCUCUUCAUGACCGUCUUGGAACGGCUUAAACAUCUCAACCUAACAAGAGCAGCCAUCAUCACCAAGCUGCAGAGUGCAGAGGAAGAAGCUGACACAAUAGAAAAUGAGGAGCUGCUCCGCAUCCUUGCCUCCUAUAAAAUGCUGGCACCGAGAUACAGAUGGCAGAGGAGCAGGUGGGGCCGGGCAUGUCCCGUCGCUUUAAAGGAAGGAAACAUAUACCCAGGAUUACCAGAUUUUUCUGUAAGUUUUCUAGGUAAAAUAUACUGCCUUUCAUCAGAAGAAGCAUUGAAAGCAUUUUCAUUAAAUCCACGGCCCUAUCUUCUUCCACCCAUGCCUACACCACCGUGCAAGGUGCUUUUGUAUGGACCACAGUAUUCUGGGAAGACCACACUUGGCAACUUGAUUGCAGAACAUUAUAAAGGAAGGGUAAUUGACUAUGACAAACUUGUCCUACCACGUUUCGAAAAAGCCCGAGAAUUAUUAAUAGAAAAUGCUGUGACUGAAGCCACAGAAGCAGCCAUUAGAGGUGUAAGGGAAAGAUUUCAAGCUGAGCUACAAGCCAAAAUCCAAGCUGAGACAACUUUAAGAGAAUUUCAAAGACACUUUGGAAGAAAAGAGUUUGGAGAGUUUGAAGAGUUGCCUUCCUCCUUUGGUGAAGAAGUGCAUUCUUCUUUUACAGCAGCUACCACCCACGACAUUACUGAGGACACUGAAGAAGCCAAAACAAAGUCGGAAAAUAUCCUCCAUGACCAAGGUGCUAAUAUUGAUUGCUUACAAGAUGAACUGACACUGUCACAUAUCAGCAUUAACACUGAUUUAUUUGCAGAUGAAAAGGAAAUUGGUGAAGCAUCCACAUUUAAAAGGAGUUCUCAAGACCCUGAUGGAGAUGAAAAAAAAGGCAAAGCCUCAAUAGAAGAGUCGAUAGAGGAGAUCACUGCGGAUCACCCAGCAGUUGUUGCCAUACUGGAGGACACUCUGAAAGCGGCCAAGGAUAUGAACUUUGACCAGCCAUUCGAAAAGCAUGCUGAAAUCUUAGAGGAAGUCCUCAGAGAAGUAAUGGAGGAAAAUCAGAACAGAUUUGUUGGUGCCCCGAAGCAGGGAGGAUGGAUUCUGGACAAUUGCCCUAUGGCCAAAGAUCUCUGGAUGGUCUUACUAGACAAAGGACUGAUACCUGAUUUGGUCAUCUAUCUAUCAGAUUUCGAAAGCAAUGGAAAGGUUAUACUUAAUAGAAUAUAUUUGAAGAAUAAGCCUGAAAUUGAUGCUAAGAUUUUAGAAAGAUUAGUAGAAGACUUACAAAAGAAAAAAAGAGAAGAAGAAGAGGCAAGAAAAGCCAAGGAAGAAGCACAGAGAAUAGAGGAAGAAAAUAGAAGACUGAUUAAUGCCAUGAACCAAAAAGCAAAAGAAAUUGAGGAGGCUGAGAAUGAGGAGGAAGACGAGGCUGAGAGUGAAGAGUUGGAAGCCCCGGAAGAGUCAGAGGGCCCUGAGGGCUCCAAGGAGAUCCGAGAGUCCUUACCAGAAGGACCUGAGAGACCUGAUGCCCCAGAAGUGGAACCUGAAUCAGUCUCUGAGCCUGUUGAAGAUGCUGCAGAUGGAAAACAAAUUCCCAAAAGAUCCAAAGAAGGUGUGGAAGCUGAAGACCUGGCUGAAACAGUGGUACUACCAGACUUCCCAGAAGGCUCUUACCCUGAUGUUCCUGAAAUGGAGCUGUUUAAAGACAAACUGAAUUCCUAUACCUUCUUGUGGAAACAGCUGGAAGCAUUACUCCAUGAAUCUUUUAUUCAAAUUUUGUACGUAGACAUCACCGACAAGACUCCAAAGGAACUGCUUCAAAAAGUAGUUGAGACCAUGGAAAAACCUUUCCAAUACACUGGCUGGGAAUUAACUGUGGAUGACUACGACGAAGAAGCGGAUGACUAUCAGGCAGAAGCCGAAGCUGAGGAGGAGCUGGAGGAAGAGGAGGAAGAAGAGGAGGAGAAUGAAGACAGAAUCAAAGAGAAAAGGAGGCAUUUGGGAGAUACAAAGCACUUCUGUCCUGUGGUCCUCAAAGAAAACUUCAUCCUGCAGCCAGGCAACACAGAAGAAGCAGUGAGGUAUCGAGAGAAGAUCUACUACUUCUCAAGUGUGGAGGCGAAAGACAAGUUCCUGGAACAUCCCAACGACUACGUGGCUCAUGAAGAACCGCUAAAGGCCCCUCCAUUGAGAAUCUGCCUCCUGGGCCCCCGGGGCGCUGGCAAAACCGUGUGUGGAAGACAGGCAGCUGAGAAAUUCGGCCUUUUCCACAUUCAGUUUGAUGAGGUUCUGCAAGAGAAACUGCUGCUCAAAACUGAAAAACGAGUGGGGCCCGAACUUGAGGAAGACUCUGAGGAGGAACAAGCAGCCAAGCAAGAGCUUGAAGAGCUUGCAAUGCAGGCCAACGUGACAGUCGAGGAAGAAAAGGCAAAGAAGCAGCCAGUAGACAUACAGCUUACAGAAGAAGAAGAAGCCAUCAAGACAAGUCUGAUGGAGAGCGAGCCAUUGCCUCCUGAGAUUCUUGAAGCACUUCUUUCUGAGUGGUGGUUUAAGGAACCCAUCCGUUCCACAGGUUUCAUACUGGACGGUUUCCCACGCUAUCCAGAAGAGGCCCUGUUCUUGGGGGAACAUGGAUUUUUCCCAGACGCUGCAAUUUUCAUCCAGGUCGAUGAGCAAGAUGUCUCCGAUCGCCUUCUCCCUUCCCAGAUCAAGAAGUGGAAGCUGAAACAGCAGAAGAAAUUUGAAAGGAAGAAACUCAUCAAAGACAUGAAGGCAAAAAUCAGGACAGAUAUGAUCGCUAAAAGACGGGCUGAACUUGUGUCAGACAGAGACAAAAGGCGGAGAGGCGAGAUGGCUCUGAGAGAAGAGGAGGAGGUUAGUGAGGAAGACCUGGAGGAAGAGGAAGACGACAUUGACAACAUCCUGGAAGAGGAGUUUCCAAGGGACGAGGAAGAGAUGAGUGAGGAAGAUGAGGAGCAAGAAUCCGAAGCCAUGGAGCGUCUCAAGAGUGAACUGGGAGAAAAAUUUGAAACGGAUAUAAAUAAUUUACAAAUAAUACAGGAGGAAUUUGAGAAGUUUUUGAUCCCCGUCAUUCUCAUCAAUGGAUCUCGGAAGAUGCACAUUGUCCAGUAUAUACUGAACACGAAGCUAAAGCCGCUGGUGGAAAACCGCGAGAGCAUCUUUGAGAAAUGCUACCCCAUCCCGCUGCAGCUUGCACAGAAGAUGCUCACACACACCUACAAGUACAUGAGCUCCUUUGGUUACUGGGACCCAGUAAAGCUAAACGAAGGAGACACUAUCAAGGCAGUGGACAACGCAGACACUCCGAUUUACCCUGUCAUCCAUCGGCAGUACAUCUAUUUUUUAUCUAGUAAGGAAACUAAAGAGAAAUUCAUGAAAAACCCAAUCAAAUACAUCCGCCAACCCAAACCCAAGCCCACGGUGCCAAUUCGGAUUUUCAUCGUGGGGCCUCCAAAAUCCGGGAAAACCACAGUGGCCAACAAACUAGCAAGCAAAUAUGGCUUGAAACGUUUGUCCGUAGGAGACGCGCUGAGGACUGUGCUAAACCACUACCAAGAAACAGAACUAGCACUUAUGUUGAACUGGCGUCUUCACAAAGGGAUGACGGCGCCGGAUGAACUGACCAUCCAAGCCCUGGAACUGGCUCUGAUGGAAAGCGCCUGCAACACUGCGGGUGUUGUCAUCGAUGGAUACCCUGUGACUACGUAUCAAAUGACUCUCUUGGAAGCCAGGUCAAUCAUUCCCAUGAUCGUCUUCGAGUUGGAUGUGCCUUCCAAGGAGAUUUUCAAAAGGUUGAUCCUGGCUAAGAAAAAUGAGCAGAGCUUCCCAUUGCCCUUGCACAAUAGCGCACAAAUUAUAGCUGUCAAAAAUGCAAAGUACCGCAAAAAUAUCGCUGGGAUUAGGCAGUAUUACCAAGAGCAGCAUCAGAACUGGUACGUGAUUGACGGCUUUCACAGCAAAUGGUGGGUGUGGAAUGAAGUCAUGAAGAAUGUCCAGAUGGUGAAUAAUUACAUGCAAACAUACCUGGAAAGAAUCAAAGAAGGAAAAGCUGCCUGUGUUGAGAAGUUAUGUAUCACACCUGAAGACCUGCUCUCCCGCCUCGGGGAGUUUGGGCAGUUCUGCCCUGUCAGCCUGGCUGAAGCCAAUGAACUGUAUGACUGCUCACUGAACGACUCCCUGGAACUUGUGGCAGAAUUCCGGGGCCACUAUUAUAAAAUGCAUUCUCAAGAAAAGCUACAGAAAUUCUUGGCGAACCCCGAAUUGUACGUGCCUCCCUUAGCGCCGCAUCCCCUCCCAUCGGCGGACAUGAUCCCCAAAAGGCUGACCCUGCACGAGCUGAAGCGCAGGUUCCCCAAGUGUGCUGAGCUCCAGGGCUACUGUCCAGUGACCUAUCAGGAUGGAAAACAGAGAUAUGAAGCGCUCGUUCCUGGUAACAUCAACCAUGCAGUGGAAUACCGUGAUCGCAUCUAUAUUUUUGAGACUAAAGAAAAGCUUGAGAAAUUUCUGAGGUCACCACAGAGAUACUGGGACCAGAAGCUUCCACACAAGCUGCCCCCGCUGAAGCAACCCAUCUCGCUCACCAGCCUCCCUCUGCCAGGAUACCUGGAGCAGGGCAUCGCUACGUCUCUAAUUAAAGCAAUGAAUGCAGCAGGGUGCUUAAAGCCCAAGUUCCCCUUCUUGAGUGUAAGGAGAUCCGCACUGCUCUACAUAGCAUUUCAUCUGAAAGCCUUUAACCCCAAAGGGUCUGAAUACACAAGAAAGAAGUACAAGAAGAAGAUGGAGCAGUUUAUAGAAAGAUGUGAACUCAUCACAUACUUGGGUGCCAAGAUGACCAAAAAAUACAAGGAACCGCAGUUCAGAGCCGUCGACUUUGAUUACAAAUUACAGACUUUCCUCUCACUCAGAAAUAUAGACCCUGUGAACCAAUAGUUGAUUACAAGAGUGAUCGCAAAAAUGCUGGAAGGCGGGGGGUGGGCAGGUAGGGUGCACAUCUGGGCUGCUCUAAAAGUGCUUUUCGCUCUGGAGGAGCGAUGCCCCCUACUGGCCACAAGUCACAGGUCUCCUAGCCUGCAAGGAGUACUUUUGGUUUGGUUUGGUUUGGUUU